AUGGCUACUGCAAUCAUCAUCGUUGUGUCCUUCUGGUUCGUACGCAACAGCAGAAUGACAAACGGCUCAGCUCUUAUUACAGACUGGCCGGUGGUCGGGAUGCUGCCGGCGCUGCUUCCCAACUUGGGCCGCGUCCACGACUUCGCCACCGAUAUCCUUAACCGGAGCGGCGGAACUUUCUUCUUCAAAGGUCCUGUCUUUGCCAACAUGGACAUGUUCGCCACCGCCGAUCCUGCUAACGUUAAUUAUAUAUUGUCUAAGAACUUUUCCAAUUUCGGCAAAGGUCCUGACUUCAAGAAGAUGUUCGAUUCCCUCGGAGAGGGAAUAUUCGUUGCAGAUUCGAAGUCGUGGGAGAUUCAGAGGAAGAUUGCAAAGUCGGCCAUGAGCCAUGUCAGGUUCCAUGAAUUCGUCGCUGCAACUACCUGGAGGAAAAUCGAGACAGGAUUAAUCCCGAUUCUCGACAAAUUUUCCGAUAAUGGAAUGGAAAUCGAUUUGCAGGAGGUGUUCCAGCGUUUUACUUUUGAUUGUUUCUGCAUUCUGGUUCUAGGACAUGAUCCAUUUUCCUUGUCGGAAGAUUUUCCCGAUUUACCUUACGAGAAAGCCUUCGCCGUCACCGAGGAAGCUGUCCUGUACAGACACGUUCUCCCGGCGGCGGUGUGGUCGGCGCAAAAGUGGCUUGGAAUUGGAAGAGAGAAGAAACUGAAGCGAGCAUCUGACGCCAUUGAUGGAUUUUUAUCUUACUGCAUAUCGCUCAAGCGAGGAGACAUGAAUCCGAUCGAGGAAGAAAUGAACUUGUUGAUGACCUGCAGAAGAGCUCUUGCAGAGGAUAAUGUUGUCAGAGAUUUGAUGCUGAAUUUGAUCUUUGCAGGAAAGGACACGAUCAGCGCCACGCUCACCUGGUUCUUCUGGCUGCUCGCGACAAAUCCCGCCGAGGAAGAAAGGAUCCGAAACGAAAUCGCAGGGAAUUCAUCGGAGCCAGGAAAUUGGACAAUUAACGACAUGGAUGCAAUGAACAAACUAGUGUGCCUUCACGGCGCCGUCUGCGAAACGCUCCGCCUCUUCCCGCCGGUGCCGAUUCAGCACAAAGCUCCGGUGAAGGACGAUGUUCUUCCGAGCGGGCAUCCGAUCAAGGCGAAUACUCGGACACUGCUGUUUUUCUAUUCGAUGGGGAGAAUGGAAUCGAUUUGGGGCGAGGAUUGUCUGGAGUUCAAGCCAGGGCGAUGGAUUUCGGAGGAAGGAAGGAUUAAGGUUGAGGCGGCGUACAAGUUCCCGGCGUUUAAUGCCGGGCCGAGGACGUGUUUGGGGAAGGAUGUGAGUUUCUUGCAAGUGAAAAUGGCGGCGGCGGCGAUGGUCAGCCGGUUUAAGAUUGAGGUGGCGGAAGGGCAUCCGGUGCGGCCGAGUGAGUCGAUCGUACUUCAUAUGAAGGAUGGUCUCAAAGUUAGGGUUUCCAGUGUUGUCAGCCAUGGCCGAUAAACCGUAGCUAAAGAAUUCUG